AAUGCCGCGUAUAUGUUCUGUUAUGUUGGAAGGGUAUAACCGAAAGCUCAGCCGCCGGCACCAUUACCAGUCCUCCCUCAUUUCAGUCCAAUUUGACCUUCCCUUGUUAGGGUUUGGGGUUUCGCAGAAAACCGAUUUGAUUCGAAGAAUCUCUGAUCAAUUCAAUCUGCUACCAGAGAAUUCCCCUCCAAUUUCUGAAUUCCGCCUCGAUUAUUAGGUAAUGCUCCCUUGGUUCUGCAAUCGCCAUCAAUUUUGGGGAAAAUGGGCAAGUGCGUGAGCAAACCAACGAAGAAGGAGACCACAAGCUCGAACGGAGAAGAAGCGCAGAAAAAACCGAUCCAAUACACAAUGUCUCCAGGCUACGCCGCUCAAUUAAUUUCUCCGGCGCCGGCGCCACAGAAAGGGAAGACGAUCCUCGGGAAGCCGUACGAAGACAUAAAAGCGAGGUACAGUCUAGGGAAGGAGCUCGGGAAGGGGCAAUUCGGCGUGACGCAUCUCUGCACCGACAUCGCGACAGGCCAAUUGUACGCCUGCAAGUCGAUAUCUAAGAGGAAGCUGUUGACGAAGAGCGACAAGGAGGACAUGCGCAGGGAGAUUCAGAUUAUGCAGCACCUGAGCGGCCAGGCGAACAUCGUCGAGUUCAAAGGCGCUUUCGAGGACAAGCAGUCGGUGCAUCUGGUGAUGGAGCUCUGCGCCGGCGGGGAGCUCUUCGACCGGAUAAUCGCCAAGGGUCAUUACACAGAGAGAGCGGCGGCUUCCAUGUGCAGGAGCAUCGUCAACGUCGUUCAGAUUUGCCAUUUCAUGGGCGUGAUGCAUCGUGAUCUGAAGCCAGAGAAUUUCCUGCUCUCCGAUAAAUCCGACAACGCUCUAUUGAAGGCAACUGAUUUUGGACUCUCAGUCUUCAUCGAAGAAGGCAAAGUAUACAAGGACUUAGUCGGGAGUGCGUAUUACGUCGCGCCGGAAGUUCUUCGCCGGAGAUAUGGGAAGGAGGCCGACAUUUGGAGCGCCGGCGUCAUACUGUACAUUUUACUCUGCGGUGUGCCUCCAUUCUGGGCUGAGACGGAGAAGGGAAUAUUCGACACCGUGUUGAGAGGUCAGGUGGAUUUCGAAAGCGAACCUUGGCCAUCGAUCUCCGACACUGCUAAGGACCUUGUUCGUAAGAUGCUUACGCAGGAUCCGGAGAAACGGAUAACAGCUGCCGAAGUUCUUGAGCAUCCGUGGAUUAGAGAAGACGGAGAAGCGCCGGAUAAACCAAUCGACAGCGCAGUUCUGUCGAGGAUGAAGCAAUUCCGGGCGAUGAACAAGCUCAAAAAACUUGCUCUUAAGGUCAUAGCGGAAAAUCUAUCUGCGGAAGAAAUUCAGGGGCUGAAAUCGAUGUUUGCGAAUAUGGACACCGACAAGAGUGGGACUAUUACUUACGAGGAACUCAAAGCCGGGCUUGCAAGGCUCGGAUCAAAACUGACGGAGGCUGAAGUCCGGCAGCUUAUGGAUGCAGCGGAUGUGGAUGGGAACGGGACGAUCGACUACAUCGAGUUCAUAACAGCUACGAUGCACCGACACCGAUUAGAGCGGGAGGAAAACCUUUACAAAGCAUUCCAACACUUCGAUAAAGAUGGCAGCGGAUUCAUAACGAGGGACGAACUGGAAGCAGCCAUGGAGGAGCAUGGGAUCGGAGAGGUAUCCACCAUUAAAGAAAUCAUUGCAGAAGUGGACAGUGAUAAUGAUGGACGGAUUAACUAUGAAGAGUUCUGUACAAUGAUGAGGACAGGCACACAACAGCAAUCCAAGCUAUUCUAGAACAACAAAAAAACAUACCAUUAAUGUAUCUGUCUUCCUGUCUGAUUGUAAUUUGUUCUGAAUCAGACCUUCUGUUUUCUCCAAUGAUUCGAUACAGUAUUCCAAUAAAUUUUUACAA